AUGUGGCUUCUUUACAACUUUACUACACUGUACUCAACUAGAGUGAAGCAAGAGCUUGUCUCAGAAACGGAUCCUCUUCGCAGACGAGUUUUGGAUGGCAGGCAACUCGCCCUUAAGAUUAGCGCAAAUUCCGUUUAUGGUUUUACCGGGGCCCAGGUUGGAAGACUACCCUGUCUGGAAAUUUCGGCCUCUGUCACUUCGUUCGGCCGCCUUAUGAUUGAGCAAACGAAGACUCUCGUCGAAGAGAAGUUCACUAUAGCUAAUGGCUUUCAGCACAAUGCAUUGGUAAUUUAUGGGGACACGGAUUCUGUUAUGUGUAAAUUCGGUGUAUCUACUGUGGAAGAUGCGAUGGCCUUGGGCAAGAAAGCUGCUGAGUUAAUUUCCGCAGAGUUUCCAAAGCCCAUUAAACUAGAAUUUGAGAAGGUAUAUUUUCCCUAUCUGCUUAUCAACAAAAAGCGCUACGCUGGCCUCUAUUUCACUAAUCCUACCAAAUACGAUAAAAUGGAUUGCAAGGGUAUCGAAACAGUGCGUCGAGAUAAUAGCCCGCUCGUGGCCAAUUUGAUUAACUCCUGCUUAGAGCUUAUUCUUAUUCAUCGGUAA